AUGCUGCUGGGCUCGCUGCGGCGCUGGGCCUCCCGCAUGCUGCGCCGCGCGGGGCCGGGGAGUCCCGGGAGCUCCGCCAGCCCCGCUCCGGGCGCGGGACUGCAGCCCCGCGCCUGGCCUCCAGAUAAAAAUAGAGAAAAUGAAAAAGAGAAAAAAUCAGUGAUCUGUGUCGAGGGCAAUAUUGCAAGUGGGAAGACGACAUGCCUGGAGUUCUUCUCCAAUACAGCAGAUGUUGAGGUGUUAAUGGAACCUGUGCCCAAGUGGAGAAACGUCCGUGGCCACAAUCCUCUGGGCCUGAUGUACCGUGAUGCCAGCCGAUGGGGCCUCACACUGCAGACCUAUGUGCAGCUCACCAUGCUGGACCAGCACACUCGUCCUCAGGUGUCACCAGUACGGCUGAUGGAGAGGUCGAUUCAUAGUGCAAGAUAUGUUUUUGUAGAAAACCUUUAUAAAAGUGGGAAGAUGCCUGAAGUGGACUAUGUGAUUCUCUCUGAAUGGUUUGACUGGAUUAUGAAGAAUAUAAAUGUCUCUGUUGACCUGAUAGUUUAUCUCCGGACCACUCCUGAGACCUGUCACCAGCGAUUAAAGAUGAGGUGUAGGGAAGAGGAGAAGGUCAUUCCGCUGGAGUACCUUGAGGCCAUUCACCAACUCUAUGAGGAGUGGCUGGUCACAGGCAGCCUCUUCCCUGUGACAGCCCCUGUUCUGGUGAUUGAGGCUGACCACAACAUGGAGAAGAUGUUACAAAUACUUGAACAGAACCGGGCCCGGAUAUUAACACCAGAGGACUGGAAGCAUGGCCCUUAGGAUGGGAGAGGUUUGUGGGAUCAGGCCAGGAGCAGGCUCCCAGCUGCCAAGCCAGCUAUUAGGAGGAACCGAGAACAAUCUGCUGUUACAAGGCCUUUCAUCCGGCCAAAUCUAGUUCCUGAUGGUCCUUUCUCCUUAGCUAGUGCCUUCAUCAUGGGUCCAUGACCCUUGUGGGUAGGUGACAAAUGGGACCAAUAUGUUUGUUGCCCCUUGGCGUGUGGAGCCUGUAUUACCCUGGUGGCUUCCCACUACUGGAUCCCUCUGCUGACCUCCUUAGGAACAGCUCCUGCUCUGUGAAUGACACUGGGCUGGCUUCUGUGCAUCCCAGUCACUCAGGAGAGCGAAGCAGCAGCCUCACAUCUCAGGUGAGGAAUUUAGAGUUCAUUGAGAUUAAAGACUCCUCAGGGUCUCACAGCCAGUGAGCCAUGAAGCUGAGGGCAUUCAUCCUUUAGCCCAGGCUGCUUCGCCUUGAGAGAUGGUCCCAGCAGACCCUUAGCUCUUUGUGUGGAGAGCUGGCAGUGUGUCUUCUCAUCACUGAGCAGUUCUCAAGGACAGCCAGGAUUUCUAGACUUUCAUAAAGUUGUGCUGUUUGGCUCGAGUCCAUGUUAAAUGGUUUUACAGUGUGAAGGCACUACGGCCUCUUCCGGUUGCCACCUGGACUUCACCACCACAGGAGAAUCCCACACUGACUCCUGAGUGGUUCCCAGAUGCUGGGGGUGAAGGUCCUACCUGAACUGCUGCCAGUUCCAUGCUGGGGGCCAGUUUGUAGUGCUUGGGGCCAGUUUGCCUGGUGCUGAGGCGUGCUGGGGUGACCAAGGCAGCCAGGCCUGGUUUCUGAGGCUCUUCUCCUCUGUCCUUGGGUGAGGAGCUUUGCCCUUGCAGUUACUUAGCAUGUGUGGUCUGCAGGGAGAGGCACAAGUGGCCUUAAUUCUAGUUGAAAGAUUUUUCCAUCCAGGGGAAUAUCGAGCUACAGAGCAUGAAACCAUCUCCACAGCUUCAGAAAAUACUGUCAGCUGUGACAAGGCGCUGAAGGCCCAGCUGCCUGUUAAACCAAGUAGGAAUCAGAAGAAAGGAGAACGCUUUGUGAGAGCCAUCCAAACAGCACGGUCAGGGGUUGCAGGCAGGCUGUGGAAGCUUUGCUGGCAGUGGGCAGAGGGCACUGGAGAAGACUGGGCAUGAACAUGAGUACUGAGCUGCUGGCUCGAGGCGCGCAGCUGUAGCACUUGGCUGUCAAUGAAGGCCACCUCUCCCACCCCGUGAGUGUGGACCCUCGUGCGGCCACAGGUGCCAGGAGGUCCAGUCCCAGAGAGUGUGCUGAGAGGUCAAAGACUCCAGCUCCUAGUCCUUCCCGUCUGGGCCAGUACUGGGCCACAUGAGCUGACUGCAGCACUUGGCGUGGAGGGGCAGCCAUCGAGGGCAGCAUGGAGACCCAUCAGCACCUGCAGCCACGUGCUGGUCAGGAACCCGGAGCAGUUGGGCAUCUUUGCUGUCAGGAAUCUUGACAUGUUGCGGCAGUUUGGGGGAGUUUGUAAGUGAACAGUGCAAUGCUUGCCUCUUGGCUCAGUGUAAGUGAGCAGUAUCUUCCCCUUGACUCGAUUUGAGCAACCAUUUUGGGGAGAAAUGUAAUUUUACCCCUGUGAUAACCAAUAAAUCCUUCACCUAAAUCUUGAUGUUCAUUUUUGAGUGCUUCCUUGGCAGUGCUUUCCCUAACCGGCAGCACUCUCUUGCCAGUAGGAUAAUGUGUUUUUACUUUUGAAACACCGUGUUUCCUGUCAUAGGACAUACAGGGUCAGAAAGCCCCCUGGUGCCUGAGAAGGGGCUGUGUGUAUCAGUACGGGCUGGAGCUGGUUGCAAGAUCCCUGUGACCCCAGAUGACACCUGCAGUGGCCACAGACAGUUUACACAGGAGCCGCUGUCCCAUGUGGAAGGCAGGGAUCACACAGCGGGUAUGAACACUGCCACGAGCCAGGGCCAGGAAGCGGCACAGGGCACAGGGCACAGGGCAGGCACGGCAGGCCUCAUAGGAACGGAGGCCUGUGGCACACCUGCCAGGAGUGGAUGAGGAGCAUGGCAGGGGCUGGCCAGGCCAGUAACAUUUCGCAACUGCUGGUGUCCCCCAUUCUUACUCUGAGGCUGGGGAUCAGUGGAGUAUUGUCAGCACAUUCAGAGCCUUCUCAGCUACUCUGACUCAUAGAAAAAAAGUUUUUUGAAUAGUUGAGCAGCAUAUGGCAUUUCCUUCUAGUUGGACUUUUAGGGAACUAAUUGAAAUUUACAUGUAAGCCUUUUGGUUUUAGAUGUUGCGUACGGUUAGAACCAUUCAAGGUACUUUAUGU